CAUGCAGCAAGACUAUGAAUUAUUUGGUGAUCUCAUCAGUUUCGACACUACUUAUCGAACAAAUACGGAGUAUCGCCCAUUAGCUCCGUUCCUUGGAUUUGACAACCACCGUAAGAGUGUAUUAUUUGGUUGUGCCCUGCUAUACGAUGAGACUUCAGCAAGUUUUGAUUGGUUGUUUACCACUUUCCUGAAGUGCAUGAAAAAUAAGAAACCCAUUACAAUUUAUACAGACCAAGCUUCUGCUUUGAUGAAGUCAGUUCCAAACAUCUUCCCCGAUGUCUUCCAUGGCUUGUGUUCUUGGCACAUGGGGGAGAAUGCAAAGUCCAACUUAGGCUCUCGUUGCAAUGGUGCAUUUCUUGACGAACUACAUCACUUGGUUUCGAAUGUUGAUGAUGAGGCAGAGUUUGACUUCAAUUGGAAUAAGAUGCUUCAAAAUUGUUUUGGUGGUAAAGCCACUUCUGAAUUUACUUGGCUUGUCCAGAUUCAUCGUAAUCGUACUCAAUGGUCUUCUGCUUGGGUGAAAUCACACUUCACUGCCGGUUUGAAGACCACACAGUUAAGCGAGUCGUUCAAUGCCUUUCUUCGCCACUUUCUUCAGCCAGACCACUCACUUGUGCAAUUCUUUAUCCAUUUCAAUGUUAUGGUUGAGAAAAUGCGAGAUAAUCAUGCUGAUUGUGAUUUCAAGGCUGCUAAUACUAGGCCAAGAAACAAUUAUCCCAACAGCCAACUCAUGAGGUCCGUUGUCGCCAAGUAUACUCCAGCAUCGUUUGCAUUCAUUCACAAGCAAUAUGAUCUUUCUUUCAAAUAUUAUUAUGAGGAGGACAUGUCAAGAAGUUCAAUUUCUAAUAGAGUUUUCAAAAUGUUCACAAUUCAACUUGUUCGUGAUGCCGAUGAGAUGGAUUUUGAUAAUGAUGCCGCUGCGAAUGUUUAUAUGUCGGUCGAAGAAGUUCCAGAAAACCUUCUUCCUAAUGAUCAAGAUCCUUUGCGACUUGAUGAGAGGGUUGUUACGGUAGAUAUUGGGAACAAGAUUUUUACUUGUACCUGUCGGAUGUUCGAGAACCGGGGAUUCUUAUGUCGCCAUGUUUUCAAGAUAUUAGACUUCUUAGGGAGUUCUGUCCAAUACCAGUCCUUGAAGUCCAUACCUGACCACUACAUAUUGAAGCGUUGGACUAAAGGAAUUCGUCCAUCCCUUGAUGCUUUAAAACCCAUCAGUAUUGGAGGUAUUCAAGAUACUACUUUUGCACAAAGAUAUCAACAAGCUUCUGGUGUUAUGCUUCAGAUUAUAACCCGUGUUUGCAUGGACCCUGAUGCGUGCCAAUUUUUUCUUAAUGCUGCAAUUGAAUGUGGGAAGCAAGCGGAAGAGUUGAUUGUUGCUAAAGGUGUUUCCGGUCAACCUUCAUCUUCCAGGUCUGCAUCUUGCAAAGAUACUAGUGUUGCUGAACCUCUUGUAGUUGAUUCUAGUGUAAAAAAGUUCAAAAAGAGACCCAAUCCAAUCAGGGCUAAGAAACGGCUCAAAAGUGAUUAUGAGUUAGCUAGGGAGAGACAAAGAUUCAUCGCACAGCGGAAGAAACAAAAGAAAGAAGAAGAUGCUGCAAAAUUAGCUUUAACAAUCAACAAUGUUGAUUGA